AUGGCUUCAGCAUACUACGAGUUUUACCGAGGGUCAUCGUAUGUUCCAACGGUUUACCUGAUCGUUUGGCUAAUUGGAAUGGCCCUGACAGACUCGCUGGACGAGCUUAUCACAAGCGGCGCUAUCACACCGCAAUUGGCCAUGAAAGUCCUUCAACAGUUUGACAAGUCGCUCGCGGACACGAUGGUCAAGCAGGUGAAAACCAAGACUACCCUCAAGGCUCACUUCUCACAGCUUUUAUCCUUUGUCUUUCAGGGCAACCUUCGGACAUACCGUUUGUGCGAUGAUGUGUGGACAUUCAUCGUCAAGAACCCGUCUUUCAAGAUGGAAUCGAACGAAAUGGUCUCAGCGGCUCGUAUAAAAAUAAUCGCAUGCAAGAAUGGAGAUGCCAUUGAGGCAGGAAAGAAGUAG